AGUAAACAGAUUAAUGUUCGAUUCCCAUUGACCAAAAACACGGAACCAUCCCACUAUUUAUUUUGAAUCGGAGUCCUGAUUUCUGUCCCAGGUUCCAUGGAGGCAGGCGCGUCCCUCGGCCUCAAGCGACGGUAUGAGGAGGUGGACCACAGCUCAGCGUUCUCCACCCCCAAGGACUCAGACGAUGAGGUCUCCAGCAGCGACAGCGCCGACAGCUGUGACAGCCUCAAUCCCCCGUCUGGCGCACCGUUUGCACCCACCUCCAUCCUCCGACGCCAGAGGCCUUCCCCGGGGGGGAAGCGGGUGCGCUUCGACCUGGUGACGGUGUACUACUUCCCGCGGCGGCAGGGCUUCACCAGCGUCCCCAGCCAGGGGGGCAGCUCGCUGGGCAUGGCGCGCCACCACUCCUCCAUCCGCCACUACACCCUGGGGGAGUUCGCCCGCGAGCAGGAGAGCAGCCACCGCCACACGCUGCGGCAGCACCUCCGCCAGGAGAAGCUCAGCGCCCGCAAGAUGAAGCUGACGCGCAACGGCACGGUGGAGUGCUCCCAGGCCGACCUGCUGACGCUGGAGGACGUGUCGGACGAGGACCUGGACGUGGACGCCGUGGAGGUGGACGACUGCUUCUUCCUGCAGCCGCUGCCCACCAAGCGGCGCCGGGCGCUGCUGCGGGCCUCGGGCGUGGCCCGCAUCGACGCCCGCGAGAAGGCGGAGCUCCGGGCCAUCCGGCUGUCCCGCGAGGAGUGCGGCUGCGACUGCCGCCUGUACUGCGACCCGCGCCACUGUGGCUGCAGCCAGGCGGGCAUCAAGUGCCAGGUGGACCGCAUGGCGUUCCCGUGCGGCUGCUCCCGGGACGGCUGCGGCAACAUGGCGGGCCGCAUCGAGUUCAACCCACUGCGCGUGCGCACGCACUACCUGCACACCAUCAUGAAGCUGGGCCUGGAGAAGAGGAUGGAGCAGUACCCCGCCGACGCCGACCUGCUCCUCUCCGCCGCCUCCACCGGGCCCCCGUCCCCGGAGCUGCCCUGCUCCUCCUCCUCCUCCUCCUCCUCCUCCUCCUCCUCCCUGUCGGCGGGGGCCUUCCAGCUGGAGGAGAGCGAGGCGGAGGCGGUGGUGGCGGUGCACGACCUGCUGGCCGAGCGCGACGUCCUGGAGCGGGAGAACGAGACGGCCGUGCUGCACCUGCAGAGCGCCGAGGAGCAGGAGCGCCGCGAGCGGGAGCGGGAGGAGGCGGAGGCGUCGGCGCUGGGGCCCGGGGGGCUGCCGGGCCCCGGGGAGGAGCCCGGUGAGGAGCAGGUGCUGCUGCAGGGCUCCUUCCCCCCGGGGCCCGCCGUGCUCUGCGUGGCCCCCGACGUCCAGGAGACGGGGCCCCCCCCGGAGGAGCCCUCCGCCUCCCUGCUGUACUACCAGCUCACCCCCGUGCAGCCGGGGGCCCCGGAGCCCCCGGGGGGGGCCCCAGGGACAGGGGAGAGGGAGGAGGAGGAGGUGGAGGCAGCGGCAGGAGAGGAACAAAAACAAGGUGGAGAGGGCGGAGGCGAGGGCGGAGGCGAGGGCGGAGGCGUGGCCUGCGGUCAGGCCACCGGCGGGGUCGUGACCCUGGGCUCGGAGGAGGGGCCCCCCGGCCCGCUGCACAACCGCUCCCCGGGGCCGUGCCAGGCGGGGGCCCGCUCGGCCGCGCAGGGGGAGGUGGCCCCGCCGCCGUCCGAGGUGUAG